GGGGGCUGACUACCCUCUAACUCCAAAAUGUCUAAAACGUAUUUAGUAAUCUUUAUUUUUAUUUAAAUAUCUUAAAGCCCGGAGUCAAAAAUUAAAAAAUCGAGUGACCAGUGGAUUAAUUACAAAAAAAGUGAAUUUAUUUUACUUCAAUUAAAAAAGUGACUCCGAUUACGAUAAAAUAAUUAUUAUAAUUUAAAAUUACAAGACAAGGCUUAAUUUUAAACGAGAAACUCCCUCGUUUUCUCUCUCGCCUCUCGCGGAACCUUUUUCAUCACCAGCAGCAGCCCUGGCCUGCCACAAUCCCUUCGAUUCGGUUAUCUGGUGACGGUGAAGAAAUGUAUAGCGAGUGCUUAAAUAAAUAUUUUAUCGACGUUUGUUGAUAAGAUUGUGAAGAUUGAGGAUGAAGAGAUCUGUUAUACACAUAUAUAGAUAUAUAUAGUCGGCCUAGAGUCGAGAUGGAGCUAAAGUGUACAGUAACGAUGGCGGCGAGUGAAAAAAAAUGUUAAAAUUUUGUUAAUUUUCACCUUACGCCAUUAUAUUCUUCUUAUAAAGAUAUAUUCUUCAUAUCUUUUAUAACUGAUUCUAUUCAGUAGUGUUCUUAGCGAGUGUACGUCCACACACGCCUUACAUAUUUAUGUACAUAGAUAUCUGUCUGUCUGUCAGCUAUAUUUGUACACAUAUAUAAAUAAGCGUAGAUGUAUAUGUAUACAAAACUAUAUUACUAGUAGUGUAACGAGUUGGAGUAGUAUUAUAUGGAUAUGUACAAUGACUACGUAUGUAGUAUUAUAUGUGAGUGUGGGACUUGUCAUGCACCCGGUGGUAGUACGCAGAGUGGUGUGUGACGCCCGGUGAGACUCCUAUAUACGUAUAUUGCUGUGGCGUUGGAGGUGGCGGGUCCACGUUACCCCAGGCCGCACAGCAUUUGGGUACUGGAACUGCCGUCGCGGCCACCUCCGGGAGAGCCAUCAUGCAGGAUCCGGUACUUGAGUCCAUUUUGGAGCAAAUGCGUGAGACGGAGGCUCGCAGGGCGGACCUGGAGCGGCAGCAUGCCGAAGCACAGAACCAGCUACGGGAAAAGCUAGCAGGCAGAUAUCAAGGUCCAGAGUCUGUCGAGGCGCUGCAGUCCAAGAUUCGCGAGCUCGAGAAGAAAACAGAGCUGCAGAUGGUGAGGAGCGAGGAGUUGUCUCUAGAGCUGACGAGUCUCAGGCGAGCGAGAAGUCGCGGUCCUGGUUCCACGGCCACUACUAGUAUCACUGGAACCACGUGGCCGCCUUCAGGCUCGGAAAUUGACAGGAUGAUUGCUAAGAUUGAGCAAGACACUAGGUACGGUCGUAUUCUCCACGAACUGGACCACACGAGAGGAGUGGUGACAACCCAGCAGCCUUCCUCCGGGCAGAGAAUCCUGCGAUCUAGCGCAGAAAACCUGAGCAGCCUAAGCCAGCACCAGCAGCAUCCUCCUCAUCCACACGCGCUGGAGCUUGGAGACCUCGGGAUGUCACACUACGUAGGCUCGCCGAUGCCUCUGACACCAAUGAUGCCUGGCUGCCCGCCGCUUACUCCCAACGGACCACCAUAUCACUACAGCGAACCAAUUCCUCCCGCCCCGUCGUCCCUGUCAACCAGCCAAUCCCAGCCCGCGUUUCAGCAAAAGCUGCAACAGUAUCACCAUCAGCAUCAGACACACGUCGACAUGGCCAGCUCUCAUCCUCAAGCCAGUCUCUCCAGUCUCUCGUCUCAGCAUCAGCAUCAGCAACAACAACAGCAGCAGCAACAACAGCAACAACAGCAGCAAAAGCAACAAGCGCACACACAUUUCUCAAGCAAUCAAUACCAAGAAAGUUAUCCUCACACACACACGCAGUCAUUUCAGCAGUCUAGUCAGCAACAGCAAACUCACCAAUCCCAGCUGCCUGUGUCGAGUACGUACCUGGGGUCCACCAGCCAGAGUGUCCUGCCUCAUUAUAGCCAACCGAUCGGGCAGACUGGACAAACUUUCCUUAAUGGAACUCAACAGAGUGGCAACUAUCCAAACUUAACGCUGACUACUCACCCAAAUGGAAGCUUCACCUCGGGGGUUGGCAGCAACUUUGGGACGACGCAUCAGCUAGGCCAUCAUAAUUACUCAGUUCCCAAGACAAACCUCACGCAAACGACGCUGUCUUCAUUGCCGCCAUACUCGUCCUCGUCUUAUCACUCGGCGCUCAGUGGCCUCCCAAGUGUAUCCCAAUCAGUGCUUCCUUUCUCCAGCGUUCAAAGCAGCUUCUCUACAACUGGAUCAACUUACUCGACUGUCGGGACCAAUGCCUUUGGCACUUCUGGCGUUAGCUCAGGAUCGUCGUCGGGUGGGUUGCUCCAAGCAAUAAAUGAUCCAUUGCAAGCGAUGCAGCAGCUGUCAGCGCAAUCCCAGGCAAACCAGCUCCACCAGCAAGCAAUUAUCCAACAAAUUCAACAAAGUUUACGGGCUACAUCUCCAACAGCGACCUCUACGACGGGUCACCACUUUCUGGGGCCGCGUCAGAUGCCAAAAAUACCCACGUCAAUACUGACAAACCCUCUGGACCGGCUCACCAGCGAGACCAUUCUACCCGAGGGUCAAGUAGACAUGCUGGAUAUCCCCGGCAAGGGGAGGUGCUACGUCUACAUUGCAAGGUUCAGCUACGAGCCUUUCCAACACUCGCCUAAUGAAAAUCCAGAAGCAGAGCUUCCAGUUCAAGGUGGUGACUAUCUUCUCGUCUGGGGCCAGCCUGACGACGACGGGUUUCUCGACGCGGAAACCCUCGACGGACGCAGAGGACUAGUUCCCGCUAACUUUGUACAAAAACUUGUCGGUGAUGAUCUUCUUGAGUUCCACCAGGCUGUCAUGGGCCUAAGAGACGUCGAUGACGCUGCGUCGACGAAUAUUCCACAAUGUUACCUCCAAGACAUUGACCUAGAAUUGGCGGCAUUGGAGGAGGGAAACAGAAAUCGGCAAGCUGAGCUGUCAGCGUACGCCGAACUUGACAAUAUUGCUGAGGAAGACGAACAAGAACCACCAGAAGUGUACCUGUUUUCGGACCUAGUUCCGGCGCCACAGCACCUCACCCUCGAGCGUCAACUCAACAAGAGUGUGCUGAUUGGGUGGACUGCGCCAGACAACCCCAUCCAGUUGGAGUCCUAUCACGUCUACGUCGACGGGGUUCUCAAGGUCACCGUUAAGGCUACCGAGCGGACGAGGGCUCUUGUAGAAGGUGUUGAUUCAACUCGGCCCCACCGAAUAAGUGUCCGCUCGGUGACACACUCGAGAAGAACAUCACGGGACGCGGCGUGCACUAUGGUAAUUGGAAAAGACGUCGCGUUGGGUCCAACAGCCGUAAAAGCAUCCAAUGUUACGGCGACCAGCGCUGUGAUAUCAUGGCUCCCGAGCAAUAGCAAUCACCAGCACGUAGUGUGUGUCAACAAUGUUGAAGUAAGGACAGUUAAGCCAGGUGUUUAUCGGCAUACCAUCACCGGGCUUGCACCAUCGACUAUUUACCGUGUCACUGUGAAAGCCAAGAAUCUCCGUGCCACUCACUUCGAGGACCAAAACGCUCAGUUGGCCAAUAAUCUUGCCUGUCACGUACACUUCAAGACUCUCUCCAAGGGUCUACCAGAUCCUCCGGUCGAUAUCCAGGUGGAGGCUGGACCGCAGGACGGCACUUUGCUAGUGACCUGGCAGCCUGUUGCCCUAAACGGUUCGGCCGUCACCGGUUACGCGGUUUACGCGGACGGCAAGAAGGUCACAGACGUUGACAGUCCGACAGGUGAUCAUGCAUUAGUAGACAUCCACAAAUUAAUGGGCCUUAAUCCAAAAGCCAUCACCGUCAGAACGAAGAGCAGGGAAAGCCAAUCGAGUGACAGCUGUGCUACCGCGAUUCCUUGCAGCGUGUUGCGCGGGGGACCACACAUGCAACCGGGAAUGGAGCACCCUGGCGACCAGCAGCAGGGUUACAUGGGCAUGGUGGGCAACCGGAUGGCCCAGAGAUUCCCCGGCGCCCCUGUGCCCGCUCACAUGAGGCGCCAGGGCGUCACCAGGGUCGAUGCUCAUGGUCAGGUUAUCAUUGAGACUGACGAAAAUCUUUCGGAUAAAGAAAUUUAUCCGGGACAAAGUAUUUCACAAAUGGGAAUUCCGGAGAUCACCAAAGACUCAGCGAGCGAAGCGAAUUACAGUGAAGAAGACGAUCCUACUAGAAGAGGUCGUGGAAUGCAGCAGCACCCGGGACACCAAAGAUACGGACCUCAAGGAGGGCCUCAAGGCCCUCCAGGAACUCACAGACCUGUUCCAGGAAGAACACCACGAGGUCCGGACCACCAAGGGUAUUAUGAUCAGCAAGGGGCUCAGAGAGGCAGAGGACCUGGCUAUCGCGGUGGUCGAGGUGGACCUGUUCAGGGUCCUCAUCAUCCAGACGCUCAGCAAGUUAAUAAAAGAGCUCGCUGGUUCGUCGCUCUUUAUGAUUACGAUCCUCCAACAAUGUCACCUAAUCCUGAUGCUUGUGAAAUUGAAUUGCCCUUCUCUGAGGGUGAUACUAUUAAGGUUUACGGUGACAAAGAUGACGACGGAUUUUACUGGGGUGAAUGUCGGGGUAGACGUGGAUUUGUGCCUCACAACAUGGUAGAAGAGGUGAAGAACCCUCCCCCAGGUGCUCAAGGACCAGGCCAACCUGGCAGAAGAGGCCAGAAUGACAGGUGGGGUGAUAUAUACACCAACAUGCCAGUCAGAAAAAUGAUUGCGCUCUAUGACUAUGAUCCGCAAGUUCUCUCGCCUAAUGUUGACGCCGAGCAAGUUGAAUUGCGUUUUCAAACGGGCAAUGAAAUAUACGUUUACGGUGACAUGGACGACGACGGUUUUUACAUGGGCGAACUAGACGGCGUACGUGGUCUAGUACCAAGUAAUUUCCUAGCAGAAGCUGGUCCCAACAAAGGACAACCUCCACAAGCCGGGCGAAGACCUCCCGGACAAGGUCAAGGUCCAGGUGCUCGGGGUCCACCUCCGCCACCCCGAGAACCACCACCUCCAGGACAUCGACGUAAUAAAGAUGCCUGCAUUGUGCCUGUGUCUGUCCCUGUCUGUCACUUAGACUCUAGACAACAACAACAACAACAACAACAACAACAACAACAACAACAACAACAACAACCACAACAACAUCAACAACAACUACAACAACAACAACCACAACAACAUCAACAACAACAACAACAACAACAACUACAACAACAACAACAACAAAAUCAACAACAAAACAAUCCACCGCAUCUAGCGUACCAACAAGCGAACCACCACAGCUACACAACUGUAACAACGUCGAAUCAGCACGGUGGUCCGGGUGUUGGCGUUAUGGCCCAUCAGCAGGGUGCCGUACCGCCUCACCUUCAACAGCAGGGGAGGGGGAGAAACGCGGGCAACCGGGGCGGUGGUAGUAACAUGCCCGGAGGUCUCCAGCAGGGUCAGCAGUUCCAGCAGCAGCAAGACUACCAGCAGCAGCAACAACAGCAGCAACAACCUAACCAGCAAGGAUACAAUCAGCAGAACCCGAACUACCAGCAGCAGCAACAGCCUCAGCAGCAAGGCUACAAUCAACAGCAAAACUACCAGCAACCCCAGCAACAGCAAGGACAGCAGCAGUACCAGCAGCAGAACCAAGGUCCCUCAAUGCAAGGGCCUCAGGCAGCCAAAAACAUGCGGGGAAUCCCCGCGGUGAUUCCCAACGUCCAGAAGCCUAUGGAUCAGCAGCAGCAACAGCAGCAACCCCAGAGCACCGGGCCCAAUCUCAUGCAGAAGUUCACUGAAAUGGCUGGAGCCAGUGCUGGAGGAGACAUCCUGUCCAAGGGUAAAGAGCUCAUAUUCAUGAAAUUCGGACUGGGAAAGUGAGUCGAUGUUAAUUUCAACAAUCCACUCUUCGUUGUCAUUAUUUUGAUCAUCAUCAUGUACGUACCGAUACUAACUAGGAAGAAGAAGAAGAAGAUGAUGAUGAUGAUGAUGAUGAUAGUAAUGAAGAAGAAGGUGUCUUGGAGACAUGAAGAACGUGAUAAAAUAAGCAAUCGACUGGUCAUUGAGACAAACGAUGUCUCGUGACAAUGGUUUUAGUAUCGUUCCAAUAUUACUGAUUGGAACGUUUGGUUAUUUGUUAUCGAGUGAGGUCAACGACUUGUAAUAGAUUAUUGAUAAUAA